AUGGAAAAUCAGCGGCAGGAAUCAUUCAAGCGACUGCGUACACCAUGUGUGGAAUUGAGCUCUAUUGGUCUGGGAUUUCGAGGCAAUCACAACUCCGCUUCGGAUCUGAUCCGAGCUCUUGAACCAGUUCACUACGUCUUGGAAGAGCUUGCAGGAAAGAAUGCAUUGGAUGAGAAGCUGGCUGAGUAUGCCUUCUUCCCUCUGUCACAUAUUUUCAAUGAAACGCAACGACUACCGGCACGCUGCCUUGAGCUCGCAGUGAAAUGCCUACGGAUAUUAAUUGCGGAUGGGUGGCGUCAAAAGCUAUCACCGGCAAUGGGCAAGCAAUUGAUCAUAUUGCUGACAUUGAUCGUGGGUGGAUCCCCGAACAAAGUCGAUGGCAAAGAACCCCUGAAGAAUCAGGUGACAGAGGAGCUCUCCAUAGCGGGAUUUGAGUGUCUUCGGGCGAUUUUCGACAUGUUGGAGGGCCCAGUGGCGGAAAAGACGAUCUUUCAUGAGAUUGGCACUGCAACGGUAGUCGAUCAAACGGUCUAUCUAUUGUUAGAAGGAAUCGUGGAUGAUAGAUCAGAUGAUCUCUGUGUUGCAGCUGCGAAGGCAUUAAAUGCUCUGUAUGCUCGAAUCUCAGACCGUGUCGUCCUGGCGAGCAUCAUGCCAAGAACAGUCUCUGCCCUAGCCAAGGUGGUGAAACCAACAACGCAGACUCGAAGGUCAUACAAGUUGCUGGAAAUAUGUCUACAGAUAUUAAAGAAUCUUCUGCAGUCGGUGCUUAAUGAUCGUGUGACUGCCAAUACAGAGAAGCCCAAGGCUGCCCAUCUCAAAACCGAUACGUUGGCGCUGGACAAGUCUUGGCUGAAAGCUACAACUACACAAAUCAAGCUCGCCUUGGUCAAUGUGAUUCAGGUCCGACGCCAUCAGCGACCAGAAGUUCAGUCUGAAAUGCUGAAGCUCUGUGUCAUGGUGAUAGAGGACUGCCAAGUCAGCCUUAAAGACGCCGUUCCUCUGAUGGUUGAUACGAUCGUGGUUCUGGCCGACAAAGAAGAAGAGGUGCAGAAUGAAGCAUAUAAGACACUCAUUCACCUUACCACCACAUAUACAAUCGUGCUGGAUUCUCUGAAGGAAUCGCUUCAUAACUGGCUCAUGUCCUUUCCACGAAUCAUGCAAAGCAGCGACGAGACGGCUAAACAAUGGGGGAUCCGGCAGAUUUCGACGGCCUUCCAAGUCUUAUCUCAGGUUCAGUCUGGAUCAGACAUACUAACAAAUAGCUUGGCAUCGGGUCUAUGUGACAGUAUUAGUGCUGUCGUCAAACUCAGCACAAACGGGCCCCAAAUUCUGGCCUCUACUACCCCGGAGAACUUGAACCUUGAUAUUAUUACUUCCGGUUCCCUAUCGUUGGAGUUCCCUCCGGUCCUGCUGGAGCACCAAAGCCAGCAGCAAACCUUGAAGGACCUGCGGUCUAUGAUCACCAGGCUAAACUCAUCCGAAUCUGGAAAUGCGAUAACUCGCUUGAUUGUCAAUCGAUUGCAGGCUAGGCCAGAUGAAACUGUCGUUGGUCCGUUUUGGUUAGCCUUGACAUCUCUUCGCUCGCAGUCGCGAUCUAUGGCUGUCUUUGAUGACUUCCUUGCGGAUGACCACAUGGACCAGUUGUCUCUAUCCAAACGCGCGACAAUGAUCGAGGAACUGUAUUGUAACUCAUUGAUUAUUUUGACUGAAUUACCAGCUGAUGGAUCUGGUGACUGGCGAACAUUGGCUCUUGCCUUGGAGGCUGUUGCUCUUCAGGCUCAACAACUCGGCGAGGCAUUCCGACCUGAGCUCAUGGACGCCUUGUAUCCCACACUACAGCUUCUAGCUUCCAGCAACCCGGUACUUCAACACCAUUCCAUGACUUGUUUGAAUAUUUUGACCAAGUCAUGCAACUACCCUGACACUGGCACUAUGAUUAUCGAGAACGUGGACUACCUGGUCAACUCGGUUGCCCUGAAGCUCAACACAUUUGAUGUUUCACCCUAUCCACCUCAGGUUCUUUUCAUGAUGGUGAAACUCUGUGGGCCGCGGCUCAUUCCAUAUUUGGAUGAUGUGAUCGACUCCAUUUUUGGAAUCAUAGACUUGUAUCACGGUUACCCAAAGUUGGUAGAAAUGCUGUUCAAAUCUUUGGCGGCGAUUGUUGAAGAAGGCGCAAGAAAACCAUCACUAUUGACAAUUGACGAUGGCCGAGAGAGUGGACCUCACGACCACCGCAAGAGGCAAUACCAGCACCUUCCGAUCUCCACCAUUGCUACCAAUAUUUCGAACAGGAAAGCCAAGAUUGCCAAACAUGACGAAGAAGAAAUGGAUGCCGAAGGAAGAAUCCCGCAUCCCAAGAAGCCUUGGUCAGAGACCUACGACAAGCCACCACCAGAACCCGAAACGAUCGAAGAACUACUGGACAAAGCUGAAUCCGAUGAGCCACUUCCACCACCCAAGGAACCAGAGGACAGCGAGAAGCCACUGAGCAAGACCCAUUCCCUUCUACUGCACAUCGUCAAAUCUAUCCCAUCCCACCUCUCUUCACCAUCGCCCUAUCUCCGACGCUCCCUUCUCACCAUUCUCAUCGAUGUGCUCCCAGCCCUAUCCCAAAACGAAAACAGCUUCCUUCCUCUCAUCAACGAUCUCUGGCCCUCGGUAGCAUCAAGAAUUAUCUUCCCUUCUUCCAUGGGAUCUGAAUCCUCUUCAAACAGCCUAAUCACUCAAUCCACCUCUAAUUCUACCCGCUCCACCAGCCAGCCCGAUACCCACACAUUCCAAGAAGAAACCUUCGUCAUCACAACAGCCUGUCAAGCCAUUGAAGCCAUGUGCAAGGGUGCAGGUGACUUCAUGGCCUCCCGAAUCGAGCCUGACUUUUCCCGCUGGGAACGCCUGUACCAACGUGUCUGGACAAGGGUCCGCCAAGAUGCCGAAGCAGCAAACGAGCGCCGUGCCCGCCAACAGCGCCUAGACAACCAGAAAACAGCGCGCUCAGAUGCUCCGAAGACACUCAUCCAGGCUGUCGAGACCUCACCCUCAACGCCAGAGUCCAAUCUCAUGCUUACUUCUUCUCUCGCCCUAUCACCUCCUACCUCCGGGUCCCGAGCCUUCACACCACACCACGCUCUGUGGCGAGCAUUGAUUUCCCUGUUUCUCACUGUCCUCACUCGCGUCCGUCUCCCUCUCGAAGUAGGAGAUCGUAUCUGCGAGAUCUUGGGUGCGUGGAUUGCACUUUUUGCCGGACCAGCAUACUACUUCCAUUCUUCUAGAAAUUUGGAUGGAGAUUCCGGGCUCGAUGAUGCGCAGAGAAGUAUGAUUGGAUCGAUUAAUGAUGCUAUCCAAGCCAUGGAGACGUGGAAUGCGGAUUUGACUUGGUUCAUCUUUGAGCGCCAGCGAAAUCAGCCGCAAGGUUCUUCCGGAACCGUGAAAGUAAAUGAAGGUAUCGCGCCUUUGCCUUCGUCUUUGACGGUUGAUGGGAUGGUGUUCCAGUUUGCAAAUGUUGCAUUUUAG